AUGAUGCCCUCUGAAUUUCUUCAUCCGACAACAAGCAAAAAACAAGAUGGCGGAGGAAAAGGUUCCUCCUCGUCUGAUAACAAGAAGAAAUUUGAUUCUAAUUUACAAAUUCAAAAUGUAAAAUCGAAUCAUGGUACUGGCCUCUCCGACAACAAAAAACAUCAUCUCAAUCACAACAGUGGAAGUAUUAUGUCACAAAGCUCUGGACGCCAAAGAUCACAUAGUUUUGACCAAAGAGAGGAUUUUAUUGAAGAGCUUCGGAGAUAUUCUGAGGAUUUUGACAGAGUCUUGAAUGAAAUGUUUUCGCCCACGCUCGAGAACGAUUUAUUAGAGGGAGAUUUUUCUCAGGACUUACCUGCAGUAUACAUUAGCAGCAAACCACAAAAAAAGAAACGAGAAUGGCUUUCCAAACUAUUUGCAUUUCGGAAACAAGAAAAGGAUGAAUUGUACAGUUCAAAUAUUCAAAAAUCUAGUUCUAUGGAAGAAAUUUGGCCACACUCCAAACCCGGUUUUAGAAAUUCACUAGAUUAUUCGAUACAGGGCUCUCCUAGAGCAGUACCAACUCCUACAAGUGCUCUCUCUCAACAUACCAAUUACUCGCAAUUAUUUGACGCUGAUUACACAAAUCAUGUCACCCCUAUUUAUUAUACUCCAAAUGAAGACAAUACUGCUAUAGAAUUUUACAAAGUUUCAAAUAAGGAAGAGGUUGAAAUUCCAACCCAUUUACAAAACCAGCACCAGUCAGUUGUCACAGACUUGGAACAACAAGUGCUGGAAAAUCAACAACCAAAUUCUUCUCAUCAAGACUUUGCACAACCACCUCAGCUCUCCACAAAACCAGCACUAGAAUCAUGCAGUGAUGUUCCAAUUCUUGGAGUUGGCCUUCCCUUUGAGAUCGUGAGUGAAAUGGGUACCAACAAUAUUUGCUUAAAACUGCAAGGAGAAAAACGAAUUGAUUCAUCCAUGCUUGUGGAUGCACUGUUAAUAGUGUUAGGCUCCCUACUCAUCCCUCCUCUCUUGCUAUUUUCCAUUCCAUUUGCACUCUAUCGACUCUACAAGUAUUUGAAAAAGAAAGGACGAGAACGCUCUAUUUCUAGAUACAUUAUUUUCGAUCAUCACAGUAUGAAAAUUGAGAAGAGACUCUAUACGAGUGGGCAACGUAAAAUUCUCUAUAAGGGUUGUCUCCCUAGGAAUGUUCUCGCCGAUGAAGCAGCUACUGAGAAUGCACGAAAGACCUACUCGUACUAUCAUGAAUCAUCGCCAGAGAAUACUCAUAUUUACAAACAACUUCAUAUCGUGAAAAUGCAACAUACACACGACCAUAUUGAUUCGAUUGAUUUUUCUGAGAUUGCAUCAUUUGACGUUGAGAAGGAAACGCAAGCAAUGGAUGGGAAUGGCCAUUAUGAGCAUGCUCUUUUUUUCGUGUGUUGUGUACUGAAGAAUGGACGAAAGUUUAGGCUAAAUAAUGAAGAAACGAAUUCAAUUGAUAUUGCGUAUAAGAAAGCGCGACAACUGAAGGCCGCUUUUGAGAAGAGUAAACUUCGAGCGACUCACGCCAUGAACAAUAAUCAUUCGAAACGACUCGAGUUGGGUCACAAACGUAAGAGCUACAAUAGUAUUAAUUUGGAGAAUGAGUCAGUAUAUGAGGGAGGAGAGGCUGGAUCUUUGAGAAGAUCAUUGAGCUGGUCUGUUCGUUAA